UGUGUGCUGCUGGCACUGUGUGUGUGUGCUGCUGGCACUGUGUGUGUGUGCUGCUGGCACUGUGUGUACUUCCCCGUACGUACCACGUUUGCCUGUCUGCUCACGCUGAGCGCACUCCCUUGCACGCGAUCCGUGCGUGCUGCCCGCGCGUGCUGCCCCACGUGCGCGCUCCUACAAUGUCCACCAACCCCACCGCGUCCAGGCGCGGGGCUGUGCGGCGCUCCCGCCCGUGGCGCUCCAUGUGCCGCUCCCUCGUCUUCCCGGGGGUCCGCGGACUCCUCGGCCUCGCGCGGGGAAUCCGCCAGGGGACCCCUGGGGGCUGCCAGGGAGCCCCUCGCGGGGGAAUGAACAAGGGGCUGCACCGCGCGGUCUUCGCGGGGCUGUGCCUCGCGUCGCUGUGCGCCGUCUACAUCUUCGCUGCCAACGUUCACUUCGCAGGUUAUGGCUCGCAACUCGACUGGGUGUUGGGUCGUCACCAGCCCUGCUCAGGUAGCUACGUACGAAGCGUUCUUCACGAAAAUAAAUUCUCCGCGGUGCGGAGGAUGCACAACCCCUUCGUGACUUGGGGCGACGUGGCGCGGACGCUCUGGGGCAUCAUCCCCCUGCUGCCGCCCGUGCGCACCGUGGACCGCCUGCCGUACUUCUUCGAGGGCACAGAGAGGCAAUACCAGGCGUUGUUAAGAGCCCUACCGGACUCAACAGUGCCCUGGGAACUAUCAAGGCAUGCAUGCAAGAGAUGCGUGGUUGUGGGUAACGGAUUCGUGCUGAGCAACAGCUCCCUGGGCAAGGAGAUUGACAAGCAUGACAUCAUCAUUCGAAUGAACGAAGCUCCCGUGACCGGCUACGAGCAGGACGUGGGCUCCAGGACGUCACUGCGGAUCUUCUACCCGGAGUCCUCGGGGCUGCAGCGGGAGCUGUGGGGGCACGACGCCCACUCCACCCUCGCCGUCUUCGUGCCCUACAAGGUGCAGGACCUGCUGUGGCUGCGCGACGUGGUGGAGGGCGUCGCAGAGGAGGCCACCCCGGACGAGCUGCCCUACCUCCUGUGGCAGCUGGGCUACGCCGAGAACAUCUCCUCCGCCGCGGUGGCCGCGAGCGACAGCCGGCGGCCGGGGCUCGUGUGGCUGCGAACGGGGACGCGGGACAAGAAGCAGCGCGUCCACGCGUUCUGGAGGAGGGUGGCGACGCGGCUGAGCUACAGCCCCGAGCGCAUCCGCAUCCUGAGGCCGGACAUCAUCCGCUCGAUGGCCUUCCACCUCCUCAAGUUCGCCAAGAUGCAACAAGUGAAGAAAUGCCAGAUCCCGACCAUGGGGCUCAUGGCGCUGGGCUUGGCGAUGCACUUCUGCGAUGAGGUCUCCAUCGCCGGCUUCGGCUACAACAUGAGCGCCCCACGGCAGCCCGUGCACUACUACAGCAACGAUACCAUGGCGUCCCUGCUGGCACAGGCAAGCUCCCACAGCAUCCGCAGUGAGCAGCGACUCCUGCGGAGACUCAUCGCCGUUGGCGCCAUCGGCGACCUCUCCUCCUCCGCGCCCGGAGACUGAGGUCGCUCGUCGGACGUGCCCGGAGCUGGACACCUGGAGCCGGAUACCCGGAACCAAGAUACCUUUUCUGGAGCCAGACAACUUUCCUGGAUCCUGGUCUAGGAGCCUUUGCUGUGAAGCAUUUCUCUGGAGCCACAUGUGAAGCUGUGUAAAGGACCGGACAUGAAUUUUCCACGUGAGCAAAGCCCGGAGCCAGAUAUGGCGUUAUCUUCCAAAGCUGUGAAUAGAAAUCGGGACACGUUGCUGCACGUGCAGUCAGGCACCGACUGCAUUCGGAGCUGAACUUGGGAGCCGAAUUUGAAGCCAGUCCUCAAAUGUUUCUGGAGCCGUGCACGGCGCAUAACUU